AUUUUGAUUUUUGGCGCGUCAUUUUUUUUCAGCGAGACGGUGGUGGCACCUUUGCGACGAUGGUGGGGCUCUCGGCGUCGGAGCUGCAGGCCGAGACGCUCUUCCCUGGCGAUACGGUCGAGUACUUCUCUAUGGUGCGCAGCUCGCUACCAAUUUUCGUGCUCCAAUUUUCUCUAAAAGUCUCACAAUUCGCGGCGGACUGAUGCUACAGGCGUUCGUGGCGGGAGACCCGCGCGGCCACCGUGUAUCCAAAGUCCUGCGCAUAGACCGCAAAGAAGAUGAGUUUCCUAUACGCGUGGAUACCCAGGAGAUGUACGACCGUGAAAUUUGGAGAAGAAAUGUUACAGAAUAGAGACAUUCGUGCAUUUUUAUUCUAAUGUGGUGGCGUGUUGCAUUAGGCUCCCGCUGACCAUCAUGUUGAAGCGGAAGCGAGACCGGAACGAUGUAGAGAUUUCGUCAGAUGAUGCAAAGUGGAGGAAGUUGCGGACGUAUCGAUUGGUUGAUGGAGAAGUAGAAGGCGAGACGCGUGCGGAUCGCUUGAAUGCUGAUCUGAAAAAGGGUCUUGCCGAUGCAAUGAAGGCCACGAAGAAGCAACUAGCAAAGGAGAAGGAAGAAAAGGCAAACGCUGGUAGCAAGAAAGUUAUGAGUAAUUACUUUACGAAGUUAAGUUCAACUGACGAAGGAGAGACUACCAGUAGCCAACGCAGUUCGAUCGAUGCGAUUACGACGCCGGAACGGAAGAAAAAGAAGAGGAAGCCGUUGACGCCAAGAGACAAUACGGAUCACUAUUCGAGUAGUCGACCUCAUGACAAGAGCGUCUUCAAGAAGAGCCGUAGUGAUGAAAAAUAUUCGAGGAAGAACCGACCAGAGGACGACACGGCAGAGCGAAAGUUUAAGUACGACAAGCAGGAGUCAUGCAAGAGGAAACGAAGUGAAUCAACACCGAAGAAGAUAAACCAGACAGACGCAGCACCCAAGAAAAGCCAAGAGAGGAUCAGCAGAUUUUUUGGUGCAGAGCAGAAGCAACGUCAAGUGAAGAAGAAGACGAGCCUCAAAUUGAAGAAGUUUGUGAAUCAUGCUGAAGAGAAGGAUGUGAUCAAGGAUAUUGAGAAGAAGAAGCGCACGGUUUGGGGCUUAGAUGAGUAUAUUGCGCUAGAUGGGAAGAAAAAGGAGCUUGAGGCGGAAACGAAUGCUGAGUUACGCGAUAAUCCUGGAAAGAAAGUGUGGAGUGAACAGCGAACGAAUUAUCGCAAGAAAAACGAAGCAGGUGGAUCACUUAAGUCGUGGUUGAAGCCCCUGGGCAGUGGCAAGCGGAAAAACGAACUAGAGGACAUCAGCGGAACCCCCACGAAACCACAGCGAUCCAAGCAACGAGCUCUCAACCUUGGUGCUGACAAGCAAAAUUCUCCCAAGAUGGACCGAAAGAACUUAAGCUUUUUGCUGUCCAACAGAUCGGCUGAUACAGAUCAUCGCCCAAAAGAAGCGAAACACAGUACGAAUCGUGAUGAUCUUGCUUCAAGGGAACAUGGUCAACUUCGCAAGAAACGAAAAUCUUUGGGCAUUGUGAGCGCAAGAACCCCAAAGCAGACAAAUCAAUGGUACCACAGAAAGAUUCCCCAUUGAGCACCCCCAGCGGAAGUUGUAGCACACAUAUAGGCAUGAAUUUUUUUAACUUGUGAGCCCUGGAUAACUCUGUGUAGCUCAAACCUAGUAAGUACACAACACCCUAGCGGAUUUUUGCAAUCACGUUCUUUUAGCGAGACGGAAGCCACCAUCGUUGAUCUUCCAGAUGCCGACAGUGUAACACAAACGGAUGAGAAUAAUUUCUCGCAACAUCGUGAUCGUAGCAGAGAUGACACUAAGCUUGGAACCAGGCACCUCUGUCCACUGCACCGCGACUUCCUGCAAAAUAAAAACUAAGUAAGAAAAAAAUUAAAUCCGUCAGUAUUUGAGCAAAAUGCACCUUGAUUGCCAU